AGAGGUCAGCCACAGCCAAAGGGCCCAGUCAAUUCGAAUCAGUCAGUCAACAUUUCCAAACAUGACCUGACCAAACCAAAUCAGUUAUCUAGCGGUUGGCUUGUCCGUUGCUAUAAAUAACCCACCAAGGCGCCCCUCACCUUUCAUCUAAAACAUCUACAAAUCUUUCUUUCAUUUGCUCAAAGCGCAAAUCUCAAAUAAUUUCUAUUUUCCUCCUACAGACGAUUCAUACAAAUUCAUAAACAGUAGAUCAGAUCUCAAAAGAAGAACAACGUAACAUGGCUUCUUUACAAGCUUCUAAUUUUAUAGUCUCUUCUUCUUCUUCAAAGCAAAUCCAUGCUGCAAUAUCGGUGCCAAAGCGUCCAUCAAUCCGGUUUUCAGUUCCUAAAGUACCAACCAAAACAUUGCCUGAGGAAUUAAAUACUAGGGAUGGGUUCAUGAACACAAUCCCUAUUGAAAAGAAUGUCACUAGGACGCCAUUGCUUCAAGAAAGCUCAUCUGUUUCGAUGGCUACCGUACAACUUUAUGCUAUCUUAGAGGCCGUAGUUGAUAGAGUGGAGAUGCACAAAAACAUCGGCGAACAACGAGAAAACUGGAACACACUUCUCCUUAACUCCAUUAACAUGAUUACUCUUACUGCCGCAACCAUGGCUGGUGUUACCGCAACUGGCGGCGCUGGGGUUUCUCUUUUGGGUUUGAAGUUGGCAUCCACUCUCUUGUUCUCUGCAGCCACAGGAAUGUUGGUCUUCAUGAACAAGAUCCAACCCUCACAACUUGUGGAAGAGCAACGUAAUGCAACAAGAUUGUUUAAGCAGCUUCAGAGCCAAAUACGAACCCUACUUGCUGUUGGUUCUCCAAGCAAAGAAGACGUGGCAGAUGCUAUGGAGAAAGUCUUGGCCCUUGACAAAGCUUACCCUCUUCCUUUGGUUGGUGUAAUGCUUGAAAAGUUCCCAGAAAGGUUAGAGCCUGCUGUUUGGUGGCCUAAAAACCAGUCUCAAAAAACAAAUAAAGCGAAGCACUUCAAUGGAAGGGUAGAGAGCAAUGGAUGGACUGAGGAGCUGGAAAUGGAAAUGAGAGAAGUCGUUGAGGUGAUUAAAAGAAAAGACAGUGAAGAUUACGAGAGACUUGGCAACAAGGCAUUGAAGAUAAACAAAGUUUUAGCUAAAUCAGGGCCAUUACUAACUGGAAUUGCAGCUAUGGGAUCAGCCUUUAUGGGUUCUUCCAAUGGUCCUUGGGCAGCAAUAGUGGCAGCUGUUGCAGGAUCUUUAGCUUCAGCUGUCAACACUUUUGAGCACGGUGUUCAAGUUGGUAUGCUGUUUGAGAUGUACAGAAACAACGCCGGUUUCUUUAGACUUUUGCAGGAAUCAAUUGAAUCAACUCUGGAUGAAAGUGAUGUGCAGAAAAGAGAAAAUGGAGAGUUGUUUGAAAUGAAGGUAGCAUUGCAAUUGGGAAGAAGCUUAUCAGAGCUGAGAGAUGUAGCCAAAAAAUCCAGUUAUUCUCGCAUAGAAGGAAGCCCCAUUGAUGAAUUUGCAAGCAAGCUGUUCUAAUCUUAGAAGAUUAAUGAUUAGAACAUGAGCAUAUUGCAAGGAUUAUUCUUUAAUUCUUUGAUUCAU